CCCCCCGCGCCGGCGCCCACCCACAAUCCCAUCCGUCAAGUCCAUCUCCUUCGGCAACCACAUCCGGUUCAAUCCCAAUCGAAAACACCAACAUUCCCGCCAUGUUCCCCGCCAAUCUCCCAACCCCCGCGUCGACAUGGCAUCCCUCCUCACCUCCCUCUCUUCCACCACCACCGCUUCCGAGCUCCAUCACAUCAUGUCCCCUUACCUCCCUUCCCCCUCCUCUCCCCCUCCCCUCUCCCACCGCUUCAUGAUCUCCCUCCUCUCCCGCGAACCCGACCACCGCCGCUCCCUCGCCCUCUUCGACUGGAUGCCCCAACCCGCCCCCUACNCACCCUCCGCCGUCGCCUACAACAUCGUCCUCCGCAACGCCGCUCGCUCCGGCGACUUCCCCCUCGCCGCCGGUCUUCUUCACGAAAUGCGCCGUUCCGUUUCCCCCGAUCGCUUCACAUACUCCAUCCUCCUCUCCUCCCUCUCCCGCUCCAAUCUCCUCGACGCCGCCCUCUCUCUUCUCCCCCUCAUGGAUUCCGACUCCAUCUCCCCCGACCUCGUCCUCUUCUCCACCCUCAUCUCCCUCUCCCUCCGCCUCGGCGAUCCCUCCAAAGCCCUAACCCUCUUCACCCGCCUCCGCUCCGCCGGCAUUACCCCCGACAUCAUCGCCUACGCCUACAACUCCCUCCUCUCCGCCCUCUCCCGCGCCGGCCAACUCCGUGAAGCUCGCCGCAUCCUCCUCUCCGACAUGGAUGCCGCCGGAGUUCCCCCCGACACCGUAUCCUUCUCCACCGUCAUCGCCUCCCUCGCCGCUCGCAGCCGCUACCUCGAAGCCCUCUCCCUGUUUCAAGAAAUGCGCUCCCCCCGCCGCCGUUUGCCCCUCGACCUCACCACCUGCAACAUGAUCCUCGACUCCUACGGCCAUCUCGACAUGGCUCGCGAGGCCGAUCGGCUCUUCUGGAGCAUGCCUCCCCCAUCCACCGUCACCUGCAACACCAUGCUCCGCGUCUAUGGCGAAGCCGAUCUCUUCGGUGAAGCCGUGCAUCUCUUCCGCCUCAUGCAGCGCCAGAACAUGGAGCAGAAUGUUGUCACCUACAACACCAUGAUCAAGAUCUACGGAUUAUCUCUCGAACACGAGAAAGCCGGCAAUCUGUUCGUCGAAAUGCGGCAACGAGGCAUGCAACCCAACGCCAUUACUUACUCCACCAUCAUCUCCAUCUGGUCUCGCGCCGGAAAAAUUCACCGCGCCGCCAAGCUCUUUCAGAAAAUCCGUCAAUCCGGCGAGGAGAUCGACCCCGUGCUAUACCAAACCAUGAUUGUUGUGUACGAGCGAGCUGGACUCGUUGCGCACGCGAGGUGUUUGUCGCAGGACCUCAAAGCGCCGGUAAGCAAAAUCAACAAAGACAACGCGGUGGCCAUUCUCGCCGGAGCCGGCCGUCUCGAGGAGGCGGCGUGGCUGUUCCGCCGCUCUGAGGUUAAAGACAAAGAAGCCUUCCGAUCCAUGAUGGUUCUGUUCGCGAGGAACAGGAAGCACGGCAAUGUCGUGGAGGUGUUGGAUCGGAUGAGAGCCGGAGGGCAUCUGCCCGACUCGGACAUGAUCGCCAUGGCUCUGAAUGCUUAUGGGAAGCUGCAGGAGUUCGAAAAGGCGGAAGCUUUGUACAGUGAAAUGGAAGGGGAGGGAUUUGUGUUGGCCGAUAUGGUGCAUUUUCAGAUGCUGAGCUUGUUGGGGAUGAAGAGGGAUUUCAGGAGAGUGGAAGAAUUGGUUGAAAAGCUUAGGUCUUGUGGGGAUGUUGAUGUGAAAGAGCUAUGCGUUGCGGCGGCGAAUGUGUACGAGAGAGCUAACAGGCUCGACGACGCUGCUCGGAUUGUUGCAAGGAUGAACAAGAGAAGCUCUGCUGUGGCGAAUGUGCGUUAGAGGUCUGUUUGGGCUAGCUGCAGCUUAGCUGCUCAUAAAGUUGUUGUGGGGAAGCUGGUUAGCUGUUUAUUUUUUACGGUUUGAAAACAACGGUGCGGUAGUUGUUUCUGGACAAAUGACCAUUCUGAUAUUGUUUAGUGAUAAUAUUUGUAACAUAAUUAUUC